GUCGCGGAAUGAAAACCACCACUUCCCACCCAGUCACUGAUCACAGUCACAGCCCAGGCUGCAGUUCUUCGCGUAAUCAAUCCUCCACCUCACAAAUAUCCCGUAAACUGAAUUAACCGUUAGUAUUUAUCUUCAUUUUGUAGCCCCUCGAUCAUUCUAGGACGACUCCGUUCACAUCAAGGAACGUGGGCGUUUCGAUAUGAAACCCGCAUUUGGGAGUCUUAUCCCUGUGUUAGGCAUCAUUCCAAAACCAUCCUAACCUGGUGGUGGUCCACCGUACCUCAGGGCUCGCACCCUUUUUUUCGAAUGUGGUUCGCGAAUACACACACAUAUAUAUUGCAUGAAUUGCUCUUGUUCGAACGCCACCUUUGACUCUGGCACCUCUCUUCCCAAUGAACCUUUGCAUUUCACCCUGUCUCACUCUGUCCCCAACGGCCGACAGUUGUCCAUUCGAGGCCAUUAUGCUAUCGUUCACGUGCAAUGCCAGGAUUCCCCUGGGACCAGCAGCGUUCACCCCGGGUGGCUCAAUAUCCAUUUCAUCGCCACAUGCUGAGAUCUGGCUUCAAAAUAAACAGAUACUGAUACGAGAUCAAAACACCGCACAUGGAACAUAUGUGAAUGGUACCCGAAUAGUGCAACAAACUCUCUUGCAGAACGGCGACAUCCUCACAUUGGGUGUUCCAAUAAUUCGGUCCUCCAGUAUCCCCGGCAAUGUAACCAAUGCACAACUUAAGCCCAUUAAAGCAAUGGUAACCAUUGUGGGUGUCUGAUCUCCCAGCGGCAGGUGCCAAUCAUUAUUGUGUGUGGAUGUCGUGACUUUCGCGAUCUGCUCUUUCAAUGACCCACCACUACCUUGGCAUCAUCAUGCGCUCACUUUUUCGGCGAUACCCUCCGAAACUUCGUUCGUUUAUUUCUUUUGCAUCGAUUGUCCUUUGAUCACAGCGUCCACUGCACGCUUGCAUAGUUGAAGCAUCUUUAGAUGCUUGGCUUAGAUGUACAACAUGGUUAGCAUUGAGAUUCUCGAAUGUAGAUUAGACAAAAGUUGAUAAUGGUGUAUGAUGUACGUAGGAGCCAAUUCCUAUAUCCGAAUUCCGGAGGCGCUCUAAAAGCUAUGAAACCAAUAAAUUGAAAUCUUAUCG